UUAGAUUACGAUGCAAAUAUAAAAGUUGGGUUCAAGUUAUGGUUAAAAAUGCCAUCAAAGUUUAUGCACGUCUAAAGCCAGAGAGAUCUCGAAAAAGAGUCACAACUCAUGAAGUUUAUCAUCGCCCAAAGGAACACGUAAACGAAGAUUUUUUAGUUUUAACAGCACCUCCAAGAAUCAGCAAUGAGUACAUUGAUAAUAGACCAGAAUCAUGGAAUUUUUCAUUCUUCAAAAUUUAUGAAGAAAGUAUAGAGCAAGCAAUCGUUUUUGAUGAAGUUGCCAAACCGGUGAUUCACAGCGUCCUGGAUGGAUAUAAUGGGACGAUUUUUGCAUACGGUCAGACAGGAAGUGGAAAGACUUUUUCGAUAACUGGGGAUCAAAAAAAUUAUGGAUUGCGAGGGAUAUUGCCGAGAACUUUGCAAUAUCUUUUUGAUAUUGUCAAGAAGCAUCCAGAAAACCUUUACUCCAUGGAAGUAUCUUAUUUGGAGAUUUAUAAUGAAAAUGGCUAUGAUUUACUGAAUAGAAAACAAGAAUGGACAAUAGCAACAAAAUUGGAGGAUUUGCCAAGAGUUACCAUUCAGGAAGACGAGGCAGGUACAUUGCACCUGAAGAACCUGAGCUUCUGGUCCGUCUCAAAUGAAAAGGAUGCGCUUGAUUUACUCUUUGUUGGAGAUACCAACCGCGUUGUCUCGGAGACACCAAUGAAUCUAUCAUCAUCCAGAUCCCACUGCAUUUUUACUAUUAUCGUUUCGGUAAAGAAAUUUGGUGCAGAUCGCUACAGCAGAGCCAAAAUGCACUUGGUGGACCUCGCUGGAUCUGAGCGUGUGUACAAGUAUGCAAUCACGGGAACCAUAUUAACCGAGGCGAAACACAUCAACUUGAGCCUGCAUUACCUGGAGCAAGUCAUAGUAUGUCUGGGUCAAGAGAACACGACUCACAUUCCCUACAGAAAUUCCCUUCUGACUGCCAUUCUGAGGGACAGCCUCGGAGGGAACUGUCUGACGACUAUGUUGGCUACCCUCAGUCUCUCCAUUGGAAAUCUUGAGGAAACGAUAUCCACUUGUAGAUUUGCACAAAGAGUCGCCCUUGUGAGAAAUGAUGUAAGCCUCAUUUUGGAAAAGGAUGUAAGCAGUGAAAAUGCUCUUCUGAAAAUGGAAAACGAAAGAUUAAGGCAGCAGAUUGAAAUGCUCACGAAGCAAUACGUUUGUCAAUCUGCCCGAGAAUUGUCUCAGGAAGAAAAGUUCAGUUUAGAUACUUCAGUGAAAAGAUUCCUUGAGUCAGAUGGAAAUUUAAUAUGUGACAAGGAUCCUCGAAAAUUGGAAUACUGCCUUGAAAGUCUUAAAAAAAGUGUUAAAUUAAAGAAGCUUCAAAAUCUAAAUGAGGUAUCCAGUUCGGAAAAUCUGGGAUAUUAUAAAAAUCUGGUACUUCAACGAGAUAAAGAAAUCUCAUUAUUAAUUGAUAUGUUAAAAAAAGAAAGAGAGAAAAGUUCGAAGGAAGAACAAAAAAAAGAUGAUCAAGAGAAAAAUAACGAAGCUAACAAAAAUGAUUUUCCCCAAAUACUGAUGAGUACAUUCAGUAACGUUCAUUCACAGAAAGAAUCCAAAAAUGAGAGUAAAGUUCCAGUAAGUGCUGUUCAACAUGAAAAUAAUAUUUCAAUAAAUCGAGCAUCUAAAGAAAAAAAAAAUAUUUUGAAAAAUAAGGAAAUGUCCUUAACACCUGAAGAUGUAAGUCAAUUAAGGAAUCUGAUUUCUAUGUAUGAAGGAAGUAUGUUAACUUACAAUCAACUACCAACAGUUGAAAGAAAUUUAGGAAAAGAAAAAACACUUGAUAAUAUACCAUCAGGAGAUUUGAGUAAUGGAAAGCAAGCACAAAUGUUGAAAAAUUUUGAAUCACAGAAAUUACUCAAAGAAAAUAAAACUAAUGAGAUCUGUUCUAAUAGUUUGAAAGAAGUCAAUACAGAAAAUAUCUUACCGAAUUCUGAAUCUAAUUCAUCUCUCUCAAAAACUACCGAAAAUAAUUCUGGUUUUAGAACUAAAACUGAAAUCAGAUUUCCGACUGCUUAUAUUAAUAAAAAUAAAUCUAAGGAUUUUUUUGGCAGAAUUCAAUCUGUUAAAACUGAUCCUUUAAAAGAAGAUCCGCAUCGCGAAAUUGUUACAUUAAAUUUAUUUGAAAUUGUGAAAGAUGAUCUUCGAGAUGAUACGAUAUCUGAACCAAAAAGUGGAAACUCAAAAAAACAUAAAUCAAAACAGUCUUCCAGUCGUGAAAAACAUCAAUCAAAAACUUCGAGUGAACGUAAUUUAUUAUUGGAUUCUGUUGAUUCUGAUUUGCCAGAAAAACAUUCGGGAAGGAGUGACAAAAAUAUUUCUCCUAAAUUUGGAAGAAAACCUGUUGAAAAACCUGAAGUGGAAUCUCAAAAGCUUGUUGAGAAUAUUCAUUCUUCAAUUCAUACUGAUGUUUCAAUUAUAAAUAGUAGCCAUAAUGGAAGUUUUAAAAAAGAUAUUAAUAAACCUCAAAAGGAAAUGGCUAGUUUCAGAGGAAAUCCUUGUAAGGAGAGGAUAAGUAAAAUGGAUCAAGGUGCAGUAAAUUUUGAAAAUAUUAUGAGUACAUCAAAAGAUUUCAUUAUUCCUGGAAACUCGAGAAAGCAUCUUGGUAACGUGACAGAUCGCAGCCUAGGAUCUUCUGUCAACCUUCAAAGUUCAAGAUCCAUGUCAAGUGUAAAAAGUGAAGCCUACGAGUAUGCUUCUAGAACACCGACACUUUCCAGAACCGCAAUUUGCAUAAACAACGAAGAAAAAAUACGUUCCAGUAACACUGCGAGUAAAUCGAAUAGCACAGAAUUUCUACAUUCUACUCAAAGAGAAAGAAACAGCACUGCAGAUUUAAUGCACAGAUUCCAAGUAGACAUAGACUCCUCGAUGACCUUAAACUCUCUCAGUUCUCCAAAACACGGAGAAACUACAUUUAGAAUUACACCUGACAAUGAAAGUGCAAGAUUUAUUAAAAAAUCUGAAAAAGAAUUAGAAAAGAGAUUAUUAUCGAAAGAUGAAGAUGAUUUUGAUGAAGAAUUAUCUAGGAUGGAAAAACAUCUUCCUUCCAGUUUAAGAAAUUCUGAUCGGGUCCAGGAUUAUCGGAAAAGUAAGGAAGAUGAAGAUUUUGAAAAAUCUUUACCACUCACUGGCGAUCCGGAUAUUGAUGAAGAAAUCAUUGCUUUUUAUAAGGCGAAACGUACAGGUGGAACUUAUUAGAGUUUUCAAUAGAAAAUAAAAACAUGUCGAUUUUAAGUACUUUCAUCAGUAGUUCAAUUACUGU